AUGACCCAACCCAUCACCGAAGUCGUCCAGCUCAAGCUCCAGCCUGGGGCCGUGAUCGAGGAACUCAUGUCCGACUUCCUACGCAUAUUGCAGCGCCAACCUGGAUUCCAGCACCUCGCAUGGGGGAGAUGGGAAGAGUCUCUGGACAACGUGCAGCUACUCUUGAAUUGGGAUACUAUCGAGGCUCACAGACAGUUCGAGGCGUCGGGGGCAGACUUUGCCGCCGUCGGUGAGGUUCUGGGGCCUAUACUUGCCAAGCCGCCUGCGAUGCACCACGUUAAUUUCAAGCCUGCUAUUGCCGACAUCGUCUCGAGCGCCGCGACUGUCUAG